AUGUUUCCCCACUAUCGGCUGUCUGAGAUCAAUUUAUUUGAGGUGGGAUCCGAGAGCUUUUCCGUCAAGUUAGCUUAUGCCAAUUUGAUGUCCUGUGUUGAUCGCCAGAUAAUGUUGGGGUUUAGUGACAAGAAAACAUUGCAUUAUAUUUGCAAAUCCAGCGUCCCCUAUAAUGUGUCUCUGUUUGCUUGGAGAUUGAUUUUGGAGCGACUUCAAACUAAAGACGAGCUUGUAAAAAGGGACGUCUUAUCAGUGAGGCUAGAGGGAUUUGGUUUGGAGUUUCGACAUGCAUCUGUUGGUGCUGAAGAGGGUCUCGGGAGAGGAACAACCCCCGGGGCUCGACAUGCAUUUUGGUUCCUUAUGGGUAAAGGUCUAUGA